CAUAAUACCCCAUUUUGCAAUAAAGUUGGGAUUUCAGGACUAGAUGGCUUUGGCUCCGGUAUGCUACAGGGUACCAUGCAAAGGCCAUAUUCAACCGAUACAUUAUGUAAUAAGAGGACCAAGUUCAUCUAAAGGACUAGAAAGCAGUCUAAGAUGCAGUUUAGCACAUGAUUCACAAGAACAAAAUCGUGGGACGGUUCGGUAUGCAUCAGAUGCUAGAACGAAUGAGAAGCAGCUGAGUUCUUUAGAUUCUUACUUUGGGAAACUCCAAAAUAGCACAAGUCUGCCUCCAGAAAAUGUAAGCAAGACGAGGGAACCGCUCGGUAGAAAAACUGAUCGUUUGGGAUUGAAGGAGGAGUUGGAUUAUCUUGAUGCUUAUCUUGGAAAACUUAAUGAAGAUGCAAAUCAGAUUAAUAAACCAGUUGAUGUUUCUACUGGAGACAAUAGAGUUCCAAAAUCAUUAUCUAUCAUUCAAGAAUCCGAAAACGUUGCCGAGAGGAAACUGGUCAAGAGCUAUACAAGCACAGCUGAUGAUAAUGGUCAAGAUAGUGAGAUCUCUGAUCUCUACCUAAUAAGCAUAUUGGGAUCUAUCAACAUUGCAGUUUUUCUGUUUGAGAUAGCAAGUCCAGUUAAGAAUUCUGAGCUCUUUUCUCUUCCAUUGUUAUAUGGAGCAAAGAUAAAUGAUUUGAUCAUGGUCGGAGAAUGGUGGAGGCUAGUCACACCGAUGUUUCUGCACGCCGGACUCAUUCAUAUAGCUAUCGGUUCUUGGGGACUUGUUACAUUCGGACCUAAGGUGUGCAGAGGCUAUGGUUCAUUCACAUUUUUCUUGAUCUAUAUGCUUGGAGGAAUCUCUGGGAAUUUGAUUAGCUUUCUUCACACACCAGAACCAACUGUCGGUGGAACUGGACCGAUAUUUGCCAUGAUUGGAGCUUGGCUCACCUAUGAGACCCAAAACAAAGAUAUGAUUGCAAAGGAAGUCUCAGAGAGUAUGUUCCAGAAGGCAAUAAUAACUACAGCUCUUACCUUCACAUUGAGCAGUUUUGGUCCUAUUGAUGACUGGACACAUUUUGGAGCUGCAUUGACAGGAAUAGCAUAUGGGUUUUUGACAUGCCCUAGUCUUCAACUGGACGAUGCAUCAUCAUCUUCAACAAGUGGCCAAGAGGAAGGAAUCACACUUGUUAGACGAUACGCUGAUCCCUGCAAAUCACUUUUUCUCUUCACAGUGUUUGUUCUUGUUCUGAGUUCUCUGCUUCUUUUUGUUGAACCUCCACUCAACGCCUUAGCUUCAGACUCUUUUGUGUAGACGUAACUUAAGUGUGUAUAUGAAUUUAGGUAGAGAAUGAUACAAUAUAUUAGCCCAUAUAUACAUAAGGUUUUUUGAUACAGUACGUUUAUACC